UGUCGAUUCCAGAGCGGCAGUAAGCAAGUAACCAUGAUUUUAAGCAAGACGAACCGAAUAAGUUUACACAAAGUUUCCAAAUUCUUCAGGCUCGUUUUACCGGCAGAAAGUCAAAACAUUUGCAGACAUGUUCAUUUUAAGUACUAUCCAGAUACAACUUCUAAAAUUAAAGGCGAAACGAAAGAGAUGAACAUGUUUCAAGCGAUAAACAAUGCGUUACAUUUAUACAUGGAGAAAGAUGAAACUUCAAUCAUGUUCGGCGAAGACGUCGAGUUCGGCGGUGUAUUUCGAUGCUCGAUGGGCCUGAAAGAUCGGUUCGGUUCCAGAAUUUUUAAUACACCUUUGUGUGAACAAGGAAUCGCUGGUUUCGGCAUCGGAGCUGCCGCAAACGACGUUACAGCCAUUGCAGAAAUUCAAUUUGCCGACUACAUAUUUCCAGCUUUCGAUCAGUUGGUAAACGAGGCGGCUAAAUACCGAUACAGAAGUGGCGACCAAUUCAAUUGCGGAAAGUUGACCGUACGAGCUCCAUGCGGUGCAGUUGGACACGGUGGAUUGUAUCACUCUCAGAGUCCCGAGGCAUUUUUUGCCCAUGCACCCGGACUUAGGGUAGUCAUACCAAGGGGACCGAUACAAGCGAAAGGACUGCUGUUGAGCUCCAUAGAGGUUGAGGAUCCUACGAUAUUUUUCGAGCCAAAAAUAUUGUACCGCACGGCAUCGGAACAAGUUCCUGUGGAAUAUUACAAGCUGCCUCUCGAAAAAGCUGAAAUAGUACGAGAAGGUACCGACAUCACACUGAUAGCUUGGGGUACUCAAGUACACGUUUUGCUGGAAGUCGCCGACAUGGCAAAGGAAAAACUCGGCGUCUCGUGCGAGGUUAUAGACCUUCGCUCGAUACUUCCUUGGGACAUCGAAACCAUAUGCAAGUCGGUCGUAAAAACAGGACGAGCCGUCGUAUCUCACGAGGCCCCACUGACUCAGGGAUUUGGCGCCGAGAUCGCAGCGACUAUUCAGGAAGAGUGCUUUUUGAAUUUGGAAGCUCCGGUCGCUCGAGUAACCGGCUGGGAUACUCCGUUUCCAUACAUCCACGAAAAACACUAUCUACCCGACAAGUACCGGUGUUUCUUCGCGGUGGAAGAUACGAUAAAGUACUAGAUAAGCUUUAUAUGCUGUCCCUAUCCAGAUACAUUUGUGUAGAUGGCUUUGGAGUUUCGCACACGUUUUAAUUGUCGUACCAGUGUCUGUGUGUGUGCGUGUACUAUAAUAUACAUGGCAGUAAGCUCGCGAGUACCUUCUUGUAAUGGGCAUAAACACUUUUACAUCAUGUGAACAGCAAGAACCGGUCUACGUGUGCACACAUAUACCGUCUAUAUUCAAGACAACUUUAUCACUCGAGUCUCGAUUUAAUAUAUAUAAUACAUGGCUGAUCGCAUGCGAGCUGCUGCUGCUCGAGCUCUGAUUAUACUUCCAAUAUCAACUUGUAAGCAGUAGUUUGUGAAGGGCGGUGAUCUUGGCAACUGCGUUGCAUCGGCGUCGGUCGCGUCGUGCGGUGCAGUGCUCUUACUCGAAAGGUUUUUUACAUUGUACGCGUGGAAAACAGAGAUAAAAUCAACGAUUUUCCAAUGGACUUUUUUCGAAGACGAAUUGAACCAGAGUUGCUGCUGCUGUCGUCGGUGUUUGUGACGCAGCGACAAAGUGUUGUCGUUACAGGUCGUUAAAAACUAUUCAUCGUCGAAUUAUUAAUAAAUGAAGGCAUUGGUCGGAAACAUGCUUUCGC